CCGUCGAUUGACGCAUUUUCCGUCGAGAAGGUGGAGAACAAAGUUCGGCAUCUGUCUGUCUCUCCUCAUUCCCUAUCUUUCUUUCGUUCGCUCGUUUCCUUUCGUGUACCUUCUUCCACCUGGAUCACAUUCGACGAGGGUACAUGCGACUCGGCGGCAGAUUCAAUUUGCGCGCGUGCCACCGGGGAUGAAAGAAUCUAUGAUUUGCCAGUGAUUUACGUGGGUCAAGGACUGCUAUUUCGUAUUACCAUUUGUUUGCAAAUCGCGGGAACCUACGUCAGUGAUUUCCGAAGACGAUUCCUGCCUCAGAUAUGGCCCAGACUUAUAAUCAGAAGAGAAAUGUGUACAGCAUUGACCAGAUAUUGGGUCACGGCAAGGAUGAAGAUCACGCGACGUCGUCUGACCACGCUGUGGUUGAUGGUGGCGAUACAGAGCUCGGUCACCUGAGCGAUCAUCAGAUCAACGACGCGCUGCACGAUCCCUUAAAUCUGGGGGAAUCCGAUCGACCACGCAAGGUGCGACGAUCGCGAACGACUUUCACGACAUAUCAGCUGCACGAGCUCGAGAAGGCUUUCGGGAACACGCAGUAUCCGGACGUGUUCACCAGGGAGGAGCUGGCGAUGAGACUGGAUCUCUCGGAGGCCAGAGUACAGGUAUGGUUUCAAAAUCGACGUGCAAAAUGGCGUAAGAAGGAAAAGGCGUUAGGCAGAGAUACUAGUUUUAUGCACGUCGAACAAGGCGGUGUGAACGAGUUGUCUCUUCACGCGCGACUAUUGCAAACGGCCAGUGGCGUUCCCGGCGCGGAUUCUUCGGGUCCACCGACGGGCGCGUUUCCCUGGUUCAUACCUCCGGUUUUUCCAUCACCCUGGCCACCGAGCGCGCCGAAAUUACCGCCCUUGCAUGCGCUCUUGUCGCAAUACAUCGGUCUACCCUUGCCGCAGAACCUGGCGUCGCUCGGCACGAUGCUUCCGGUCGGUCUGAAUCCGAGCUCGUCGCUGAACCACAGCAACGUGAACGGUCAUUCUCUGAGCAGCCACUUGCACGGGCAUCCCCUGAAUUUGGGGGUACAGAGUAUACCGCAGAACUUAAGUUCGAAGAACGACAAGGAGGAGGACUCGGCAUCGUCCGACGACGAGAUCAGGAAGCAGAGCGCGGAAGUGCUCAGAGUGAAGGCGGAAGAGGCGCUACGCAAGGCGGACAAUUAACUGUGAGAGCUUACGGAUUUUUGUAAAUAAUGAACCUCCUCCGAUUUAUCCAAACUGUUUGAUACCAAUAUAAGUAUUUCGGAACGUGAACAUCCGCGAAUCUAUAAUGUCCUGUAUGCAUCAGAGGAUUCUUCCGUUUGCCAAGCUGCAAAAACAUGGAUUUUGUAUCAUUCAUAAUUCGAUAGACAUUUUAAUACAUAAAGCUUUAAUACAAUAAAACUAAGACAAAAAGGAGAAAGUCCUCAAAUCCCCCUGCCGUAAUAAAGAAUUUAUUGACAAAUUAUUUUUACAUUUUCUUUCAGAACAUAUUUUAUUUAGACAACGAUCGAUUACUCUACGUAACAAUCUAUUUCGUUGAUAUCAAAAACUGAUUGCGUUUAGAUAAUGAAAUCAUCAUUUAGGACUGAUCAGAUUUAACUAACAAUUAAUUGUUGUACUAUUCUACAUACGACAUCAAAAGAUUGUUUAAUAAUAGAUCUAUAUAGAUUUAUAUAAUCUAUAAGUUUAAUUUAAUUACAUUUUUAUAAAAAAGAAAAAACAUAAAAUCGCAAUGUCAUUUUCAUUCCAUGUCACAACUGCCUUAUCAUGUAAAAAGGUAUGUGAAUGCAGCCGCGUAGAAUUUCUUCCGAAAGAUCAAGUGCCGUACAGGAUCGCCGAUGUACGUGUUAGAUGAAGUGAAGGAAGUUUUGUAAAAUAUAUGUAUCAUAUGCGAAUGUUAGAUAUAUCAUGUAUACAUAUGUAACAUAUAUAUAUAUAUAUCAUAGACUUUGUGUAAAUAUGUAGGCUACCCAUAAGUUAAAGAAAUAUAUUAAACCUACGAAAAAUUA